CCAAGUGCGUUAUAUAGCCGCAGUAAACAAAAAUUGGAAACGUUGUGGCCGAAUGAACAGUUUGACCAUGGCUUUCACGAACAGAGGACACGCGUGGCUCCCCCUUGUGUUGUUUGUCUGCGGCACCAACAGUCAGUCCCAGACGGACACCAGAUCUAUUGAUGAGAUCAUCGCCGAAUCAGCAAACUCAAGUCACCAGUUUGACUUUAUGUUCGACGAGCACAGUUUAACUGUCACCAUGGAGCUUGACAUGGUGUUUCCCAUGGAGCAGUGGGCGGAGAUAGUGCAGCUGAACUCCUCCUCGUCAGGGCUAGGCACCAGGCACAAGAGGAAGGGAAUCCGGUUUGGCCGAGGCGGGAACAAGUGGUCAAGUAACACAAUCCCAUAUGAAAUAGCGUCAGGCACAUUCAACAGCGGCCAGCGCGAGGAGAUCCAGGCUGCAAUCCAAGACUGGAUGAGAUACACCUGCCUCACCUUCCGACCGGCCACCACCAGGGACAGGAACAGGAUCCGCUUCCAGAACGGCGGCGGUUGUUUUUCCAAUGUCGGCAUGAUCGGCGGCACCCAGACAGUAGGACUCGCCUGGAACUGUAGAGUGAAAAGCAUUAUCACCCAUGAAGUGGGUCACGCGGUGGGUUUCCACCACGAGCAAACCCGCCCUGACCGUGACCAGUACGUGACUAUCAACUACGCCAACAUCCCGACCGGAGUCAAAUACAAUUUCCAGCGUUACACAACCAACGUCAUCGACGACCGUGGUGUGCCGUAUGACUACUACAGCAUCAUGCACUACGGUGGCAAGGCUUUUUCUCAGAAUGGCGGCUACACUAUCAUCACGAAGCAGAGCAAGUACCAGAACGUCAUCGGCAGACAACAAGGCCUAAGCUUCAAUGACAUCAAGCUGGCCAAUAAGAUGUACAACUGUGGAGGACACUGUAACAAGCAAGACAGCGAGUGUCCGGGAAGUGGAUUUGUGGGUAAAGAUUGUAAGUGCUGGUGUCCCGGAUCUCCCUACAGUAUAUGCAGUGGUGAAAGUACUGGAACCGGAACCGGCACUGGCACAGGGACUGGAACCGGAACCGGAACCGGAACUGGCACAGGGACUGGAACCGGAACUGGAACUGGAACCGGAACUGGAACAGGGACUGGAACCGGAACUGGAACUGGAACUGGAACUGGCACAGGGACUGGAACCAGAGGAUCGUGUCGAGACAGAAACAAUCAGUGUGCGGCGUGGGCCCUGCGCGGGGAGUGCCGCAACAACCCCGCCUAUAUGCUGGUGUACUGCAAGCGAUCCUGCAACCGGUGUGGCCGGGGAGGCGGAGGAUCAUCGUUAUGUCGUGACCUGAAUCGUUCAUGCAACUACUGGUGGAGGAGCGGCUACUGCAACAACUACACCUACCGCACGUACAUGGCCACUAACUGCCGGGCGUCUUGCAACCAUUGCUCAUCUAGAACCAACACGUCAUCAGGGUCAAGGACCUCCAGCAGCGUGACGUGCAGGGACGAAAACUACCAGUGCGCAGCCUGGGCCAGGACAGGCGAGUGUAGACGCAACCCCGUCUACAUGUACCUGUCCUGCAGGGCUUCGUGCGGGCGGUGCACGGUCCACUCGUACUACUCCUACUAUGGGCGAUAAAUGUAUCCGUGCCGGCUACCUCUUGAACAAUACAAUAAACAUAAACCCUCAUA